AUGCUCUUGCUGGCGUACCUCUGGAAAGCUUUCGUAGCCACUACGAUUGUUGCGCCACUCGUGGCUGGAGCUCCGUCCCGCGGGCAUAAGUUCCCAAAGCUGCUUGAUGCUACGGCGAGUGAACUGACCAAAGGUCUUGAUAAAGGGGAGUUCUCGAGCGUAGACCUUGUCAAUGCAUAUAUCGCUCGGAUAUUGGAGGUCAAUGGGACGCUGCAUAUGGUUACAGAACUCAAUCCGGAUGCCUUGGACAUCGCUAAGGCUCUCGAUGCUGAGAGGAAAGCCGGGAACAUCGCCACGAACGAUCUCAUGAACACCACCGCCGGCUCCUAUGCUCUCCGCGGCGCCAAAGUUCCUCGCGAUGCCACUGUAGCAGCAAAGCUUCGCCAAGCAGGUGCCAUCAUUCUUGGGAAGGCCAAUCUCUCCCAGUGGGCCAAUUUCCGAUCCUCCAACAGCUCGAACGGAUGGUCAGCGUACGGUGGACAAACGUAUGGGGCCUACUAUCCCAAGCAGGACCCGUCAGGUUCUUCCUCCGGUUCAGGUGUCGCAAGUAGCUUAGGCCUAGCAGUUGCGAGCCUGGGAUCAGAAACCGACGGAUCUAUCAUUUCCCCCAGCGAUGUGAACAACCUCGUUGGCAUCAAGCCAACCGUCGGACUGACCUCUCGCGCUCUUGUCAUACCUAUCUCAGAGCAUCAGGAUACUGUCGGUCCUAUGGCACGCACAGUGAAGGAUGCCGCGAUCUUACUACAAGCGAUCGCUGGCCCGGAUCCUGCCGACAACUACACAUCCGCAAUUCCCUUCAAUGGCACGCUACCAGACUAUCUUGCAGCAUGCAAGCUCGGCGCCCUCCAGGGAAAGCGCAUUGGCGUGCCACGGAACUACAUCCUCGGGCAGGAGAACUCUGCACCUAUCCUCGAUGCCUUCGAUGCCGCACUCGACGUGCUCCGGGAUGCAGGCGCCAUCAUAGUUGACAACACAAAUUACACCGCGUUCGAACAAUGGGCACAAAGCAACGCCGAAACUAUCGUCCUCGACUCCGACUUCGUUGCGAACCUCGCGAGCUAUCUGAAGCAAUUGACCUACAAUCCCACGGGCGUCAAAUCUUUGGCUGACGUGCGGAACUUCACGCAAUCCUUCGGUCCCGAAGAGUUCCCCAGCCGCGACACAGCAACCUGGGACGAAGCACUCACGCUGAACGUCACAUACGGCUCAGCUGCAGAGUGGGCCGCCUACCAGUAUAACCAAUACCUCGGCGGAAUAGGUGGCAUCCUAGGUGCCCUCGCCAACUACUCGCUCGACGCUGUUGUCACACCUUCAAGCGUGUCGUCGGGCAUUUCAGCGAUCAUUGGCGCGCCGAUUGUUACUGUGCCGCUUGGGGCGUACCCAGCAAACACGACGGUAAGGUACAAUGGGAGGGGAAAUCUUGUUGCGACUGGGCCGAAUAUUCCGUUUGGUAUCAGCUUUUCGGGGGCAAAGUGGAGCGAGGAGAGCUUGGUGGGGUUUGCGUUUGCGUUUGAGCAGCGGACGAAGGUGCGGAAACAGGUGAAACCAUAUUUGACGCCGAAGACGGAGUUGAGGGAUGUUGUUGGCAGUACAACCACGGAUUGCGCUCGGAGAAGAGAACAUGGUGAAGGUAUAAAGGGAUGGGCCUCAAGGCUUGAAGAAGGCUCUCAUCACACCAGAUCGUCGCAUCCUCAGUACAACGUUCUCCACAAGAUCCCCUUCUUCGAUACCGCAACGAUUGCACAGCUCAAGAUGCCAAACAACCGCAUCAACAAGGUCGCCAUCGUCGGUGCCACCGGGCAUAUAGGCUCACAUAUCGUAGCUGAGCUGCUCAAGAAUGGUCGCCAUGACAUAACCGCCAUCUCGCGCCAAAGCAGCAAGGCCACCUUUCCUUCGGGUGUCAAGGUUGCCCCCGUAGACUAUUCCAACGAAGACUCCAUUAUCGAAGCUAUGCGCGGUCACGACUUCCUUAUCAUCAGUUUGAGCGCAUCGGCUGCGCCUGAGACGCAUCCCACUAUCUGCAAGGCUGCUGUUAAAGCAGGAGUUCAUUGGAUCAUGCCCAAUGCUUACGGCAUGGACAUCAACAACACGAAGUUCAUGGAGGAGAACGUCUACGGCCCGGUCGCCAAGAAAGCCCUCGAAGACGUCAAAUCCGCCGGCGGAAACUACAUCGUCCUCGCCUGCAGCUUCUGGUACGAGUGGUCCCUCGCCGGAGGCCUCGACUUCUACGGCAUCGACAUCAAAAACAAGAAGGCCGUCUUCUUCGAUGACGGCACCCAGAAGAUCAACACCAGCACCUUGGCACAAUGCGGCCGCGCCGUGGCCGCACUGCUCGACCUGCCCAUCACGAAGCAAGGUGACAAGCCUGCUGUAGAGGACUGGAAGAACGAUGCCCUUUAUGUGUCCAGUUUUCUGGUCAGCCAGCGCGAUAUGCUGGACUCUGUGCACAAGGCGCUUGGUGACUCGGACGACGAUUGGGACAUCGCGUCUGAGCCUGCGGAGGAGCGCACGAGUAAGGCACUGCAGGAGAUGUAUAAGGGCAGCUUUUCGGGGUUUGCACAGGCCAUGUAUACAAGAUUUUUCUUUACGAACGGUGACGGAAAUUACGAAGCAACAAAGGGGUUGGCGAAUGAACGACUAGCCCUGCCAAAGGAGGAUCUGGAUGCUGUGACCAAGUGGGCGGUGGAAAAGAAGCUGAAGGAUGGUUUUGUGUAUGAGUGA